UCACAAGAAACCUAUUCAAGUACAGUUCUCUUUUUUGCUUUAUACAUCUUUCAUUCAUAUAAUUUUUAAAGUUCAUUACCUUGAAGUCCAAAUCCAUCCUCCCUUAUUUAAAACUUCUUCGAUAUCAAUCUUCCACUUUUUAUCUUAUGCAAAACCGUUGACUUUCAAAAUCUUUAGACCAUUUCCUUAUGUUCUAAACAUCAUGGCUAAUAACCAAACCAAAACCACAAACACAAUAACACCCUCAAGAUCAUCAUGAAUGCCACAGUCAAUGGUCCGGACCCGAAUUCCUUAGGCAACAACGGGUUCCACGGAUCCCAAAACAUCGGAUCAUUCGCGUAUGGCAUCGGAGUCUCUGCUGGUGUAUUGUUAUUGAUAACAACAAUCACCUUGACGUCCUACUUUUGUACAAGACAUCAAACGAUAGUCCCACCUCAGAGGAGGCGGAGGAAUAGUAAUAAUAAUAAUAAUAAUAACGAGGAUUUAGCACGAGUAGCAGACGUGGUCGUGGACGUGGAAUUGGGGCUUGAUGAGGAAACUUUAUUGAGUUUUCCAAAGUUAUUGUAUUCAGAAGCUUCUAAGAAUAUUCACAAGGAUUCAACAGCUACAGCGAGUACUUGUUGUUCAAUUUGUUUGGCUGAUUACAAGAAUAGUGACAUGUUAAGGCUAUUGCCUGAUUGUGGACAUUUGUUUCAUUUGAAAUGUGUGGAUCCAUGGCUGAGGUUACAUCCAACUUGUCCUGUUUGUAGAACUUCUCCAUUGCCAACACCACGAUCUACUCCUCUGGCUGAAGUUGUUCCUUUUGCAACUAGACCUAUUGGAUAGAGUGACAAUCAAAUUCAACUCCUUUUUUGGGAGGGUUUUUUCGUUUGGUGUCGGGGUAUUUGUUUUGGGGUCCGAUUAAUCUGGAUUUGCAAGUGAAAUAGCACUCACUGACCACUUUUCAGCCUUGUCGUUUGAAAAAUAACCACACCCUUGGUUCGAGUAGCUUUUUAUUCGGCAAGUUGCCUGAGGCCUUUGCAUUUUUGAGUUAUGGAGUUUCACCUAUGAAAUUUGAAAUUUUCACAAUGGUUGAAAAGUGGCAAUCUAUGAAUUUCAUUCGAAUUUGCUCGAGAAAGUCAUGCUUUGGGAGUAAAGCGAUCUCUGACUAAGGUGACUCCAUUCUCAGGGCUCAAACACAGAACUUUUGAUAUUUUUUGCAUCUUUUAUGUAAACUGUAAAUUAGUAUCUCCUUUCUUCUACAAAUUUAUAUGUAUAAUAUGUCAUUGAAAGAAAAAGUUUUCUUCUAUUGCCAA